GCAAUCUCGAGCCGGGGCAGCAGUCGUUCGUUACAUCCUAACGGGUCCGUUUCGUUGUACGAUUUUUUCAUUUCGACUUUAAUUGUACAGUACAUCUUAAUAACAAGAUGACCGGCAGAGGUAAAGGAGGAAAAGGAUUAGGUAAAGGUGGCGCCAAGCGUCAUCGCAAAGUUUUGCGUGAUAACAUCCAAGGUAUCACGAAACCCGCGAUUAGAAGAUUGGCCCGUCGUGGAGGUGUAAAACGUAUCUCCGGUUUAAUCUACGAAGAAACCAGAGGUGUCUUAAAAGUGUUCCUGGAAAACGUAAUCAGAGACGCUGUCACCUACACCGAACACGCCAAAAGGAAAACCGUCACCGCCAUGGACGUUGUCUACGCUUUGAAACGUCAAGGUCGUACCUUGUACGGAUUCGGCGGUUAAAUUAUGCAUCAUUUACCCCAAGCUGGAUUUUUAUUCGAUAACAUUCAAACAAAACGGUUCUUUUCAGAACCACAAAU